GUGUGAUCGUGCCCGUGCAUUGAGCGGAUAAUUGAAACGUUUUAUGAAAUCGGUGGUACAUUUCAGCUAUUGCCGUGUGCUACUUCAAUUCAAGUCGUGCGACUCACGUUUCGCCCGCGCCAGUGCCGCUUUGGAGGCGACAGUCCAGUGGUCGUGGUGCAAAGCAUUCAAAUUUACUAAAGUUGCGCUCCGCGUUAUCGAUAUAAUAAUAACGUCGCUGUGUCUGCGUGUGUGUGUGACAUUUUCGAGAUUCCGAACUUUUGAAAUCAUCAUUCGACAAUGCACUUCAGUUGUUUCGUUGUCACUUUGGCGCUAUCAGUCUCGUGUGGUGCGCGUGCAAACACAGAUGUCAGACUGCAUUUGCUUCCACAAGACAAAAACGACAGCAGUCACUCUGAGACUUCAACCACUCUAGUCCACUGUGAGAUCCCCAAUGAGGAGAAAUUCGGCAUUUGCGUGCAGGUGGGCAGUUGUUCUGCCUAUUUACAGGCGCGCAACGUGACUAACAUAUCCGCGGAGAAAGUGAACUUCCUGAAAAAGGUGCAGUACUCGUGCAAAGAUAUCGACGGUGACGUGCUUGAGCCUAUGGUUUGCUGCCCUGCAAACGGACAGGAUUACUUAUACCCCUCGUUGAAGUUUUCGAAAUUCGAGUAUCGCCGCUUUCAAAAUGUCACAGCGCAAUUCAAACGUAAGAAAUUAAAACGGCGCAUACAGACGGUGGAGCCGGCGCAGAGAUUCAGUUUACGCAACGAAUGUGGCAAGCAGGUGACGAAUCGCAUUUAUGGCGGCGAAAUCGCCGAGCUGGAUGAGUUCCCUUGGCUGGCGCUCCUGGUGUACCAGUCAAAUGAUUUUGGCUGCAGUGGAGCGUUGAUAGAUGAUCGUCACGUUCUGACGGCGGCACAUUGUGUGCGGGGCGACGGUGUGCGCGAAAAACGAGGAUUGAAAUUCAUUCGCUUAGGAGAAUUUAACGUCAAAACCGAACCAGACUGCAUCGAGGAGCAGGAUUACCUCAACUGCGCGGACGCUGCAUUGGAUAUUGGCAUUGAUGAAAUAUUCGUGCAUCCCGAAUAUAAUGAGAAUUCCUUCAGCAAAUUCAAUGACAUCGCCAUAGUACGACUGAGACGGGCAGUGUCCUUUACCCACUUCAUAAUGCCCAUUUGCCUGCCAAGUGAAACUGAUGAAAGUCCUUUUAAGGAUGGUGAAAUGUUUUCUGUGUCCGGUUGGGGACGCACUGAUUUAUUCAACAAGUACUUCCGCAACAUUCACAGCCCUAUUAAGCUCAAGCUAAGAAUCCCUUAUGUGGAGCGUGAUAACUGUACCAGUAUCUUGUCCAUGUUUGGCAUCGAAUUGGGUCCGAAGCAGAUAUGUGCCGGUGGUGAAUUCGCUAAGGACACAUGUGCCGGCGACAGUGGGGCCCCACUCAUGUACUUCGAUCGUAAAUUCUCGCGUUGGAUUGUCUAUGGGGUCGUGAGCUUUGGAUUCACGCGUUGUGGAAUGGCUGGCCACCCGGCCGUAUAUACAGAUGUCUCCACAUACCUCGAUUGGAUUCACAGCAUAGUGACUGCGAAAUGAAGUAUUUGUUAGUAAAAAAAAAAACAAAAACAAACUAGGAAAUUAUAAUUGUACUUAUCGAACUCAAUUCACAUUCGUACGUUGCUUUCGAAUAGAAAUUUAUUUAUUGCUAUUCUAGAUUUGAUAAAGAAGUGAUGUUAUUCAGGUGGAAAGAAACGAAAAAAAUAUAUUUCUAUGGAAUU